AUCAAGUAUCCCCCUGAACCAGUCAUCAAACGCUCACUCUUGCUCAAUUUACAACUCUCUUUGCUGUCCUCCUCUAACUGCUGAAUCAAUUCUUCUGUCCGAAUUCCUUACAGAGAACAUAUCUCUGCUGACUGUCGAUGACCAACAUCACCGAUCCACCGACUGAAGCUGCUCCGCCAGCUUACGGCGAUCAUGUUGCUUCGCCGGGAGCGAGUGUAACUCAUGGGUUUCCUAACGGUUACUUCAUCAUUCGCCACUUGUCAACGAAUCGUGUCCUCGACCUAGGGGGCUCAGCGACCGCAGACAACAGUGAAGUGUUCCUUUGGCCAGAGAAGGAGGGUUCGCUCGUCGAAGAGCUACGUGACCCAGGUGCACACAACCAAGUCUUCUUCAUCGAUCAUACAGGAGCUCUAUGUUCGCGCGUGUCGGGGCAUGCGAUUGAUGUCCAAGACGGCGCUCUUGUUCUCCGCCACAGACGCCCUUAUGCACCGCCCUUCCCGAACAAGUACUCUCACCCCCUACCCACGUUCUCCUACGAUGCGCGAACAAACAUCAUUUGCGCGACGUUCGCGUGCGAUCCCAACUACCCGAACCCGCUCUAUCCCCUCACGGCCGAGUCGAGUAGUGCUGCGUGGCGCUCGCGAGACUACGUUCUUGCAAGCGUGCCGAUGAAGGCGCCGCCCAGUAUCCUGGACAGUGCGCACUCCUUCCUGCUCAACGCGGCGUCGCAACUGCAGCUCUUACCUGGACGCCAAGGCGAACAGUUCGAUAUUGCCGAGGACGAGGUACUGGACGCGGACCGGGCGGAUGACGAGGAUGUCAAUGAUGACAACUCGGGGGAACGGUGGAGGCAUGCGAAACUCGUCAGUUUGCCGCUCGGGUGGAACGAUAAGACGGGCAAGGGAGGUGGGGGCAAGAGGGAUAGGGAGAGACGCAGGUGGAUGGUCGUUCCACUUGUUAGACGAGGUGGCACACCACGCAAUUCCCAUUCUUGAACAGAAGGCUCAAGAGGGCAGAGGGCAAACGCACGAAUCCACUUCACCGGACCGACAAGACUGCUGUCAUUAAAUACACGAUUGGCCUUACCAGCAGGAGUCAGUUGCUGUCGAACGACACGAACCUCUCAAUUUCUCAAUCAAUCGAUCAGGAUAUUCAACU